GGCGGCGGAGAGCAGCGCGCUACUACAGCGCCUGGCCCGGCCCGAUCCGGGGGGAGCCCGUCCGCGCUUGACACGGGCCAGGCCCAGCUCCUCUGGCCAAGCCCAAACCAUUGAAAAGAAGAGCCCAAUCAGCAUCUCUCAAGUACUAGUGGCUGGCUGAGAGCCCAGCCUGGUGCAUGCCAGUGACUCCUGCCUGCAGACCCCCAGCCCCAGCAGUCAAAAGCAAGUAGAGCUGCCCUGAAAACUCAAGAAGAGGGAAGACGAUGAAGCUGUAGAGAUGCUGCCUUACGUCAUUGCCACCCUGGGCUCAGUAGGGGCCCCUUGCAAAACUCCCACAUGCAACAACAACAACAGCACUACCAAGGACUACUGCUACAGUGCACGCAUCCGCAGCACUGUGCUGCAGGGGCUGCCCUUUGGUGGGGUGCCCACUGUCCUAGCCCUUGACUUUAUGUGCUUUCUCGCACUGUUGUUUGUCUUUUCAAUUUUACGUAAAGUUGCUUGGGACUAUGGACGCCUGGCCCUGGUGACUGAUGCUGACAGGCGCCGACGCUGGGAGACGGAAAGAGAGGAGCGGGAAUACAUAGCCUCCGCCCUGCAUUCUGACAACCAUGACCGCUAUGAGCGCCUCACCUCUGUAUCCAGCUCUGUGGACUUCGACCAGAGGGACAACGGUUUCUGCUCCUGGCUGACAGCCAUCUUCAGGAUAAAGGAUGAUGAGAUCCGGGAUAAAUGCGGGGUUGAUGCAGUGCACUACCUGUCCUUCCAGAGGCAUAUCAUUGGGCUGCUCGUGGUCGUGGGUGUGCUGUCUGUGGGCAUCGUGUUACCUGUCAACUUCUCAGGGGACCUGCUAGAAAACAAUGCCUACAGCUUUGGGAGGACAACUAUCGCUAACCUGAAGUCUGGGAAUAACCUGCUGUGGCUGCACACCACGUUUGCUUUCCUGUACCUGCUGCUGACAGUGUACAGCAUGCGCCGGCAUACUUCAAAGAUGCGCUACAAAGAGGAUGACUUGGUUAAGCGAACUCUAUUCAUCAAUGGGAUCUCGAAAUAUGCCGAGCCAGAGAAGAUCAAGAAGCAUUUUGAGGAGGCCUAUGCCAAUUGCACUGUUCUGGAGGCCCGUCCCUGCUAUGAUGUUGCCCGACUGAUGUUCCUCGAUGCAGAGAGGAAGAAAGCUGAGCGUGGGCGAAUCUACUUUACCAACCUGCAGAGCAAGGACAACACCCCAUCCAUGAUCAACCCCAAGCCCUGUGGCCACCUGUGCUGCUGUGUCAUCAGGGGCUGUGAGGAGGUGGAGGCUAUUGAGUAUUAUACCAAGCUGGAGGAGAAGCUCAAAGAUGACUACAAGCGGGAGAAGGAGAAGGUUAAUGAAAAGCCUCUGGGGAUGGCCUUUGUCACCUUCCACAAUGAGACCAUCACAGCCAUAAUUCUCAAAGAUUUCAACGCUUGUAAGUGCCAGGGCUGUGCAUGCCAUGGGGAGCCCAGAGCGUCCUCCUGCAGUGAGUCCCUCCAUGUCUCCAACUGGACUGUCAGUUAUGCUCCUGACCCACAGAACAUCUACUGGGAACACCUCUCCAUCCGGGGCUUUGUAUGGUGGAUCCGCUGCUUUGUGAUUAAUGUGGUCCUCUUCAUCCUUCUCUUCUUUCUCACCACUCCUGCUAUCAUCAUCACCACUAUGGACAAGUUCAAUGUCACCAAGCCUGUGGAGUACCUCAAUAACCCAAUCAUCACUCAGUUCUUCCCCACCCUGCUGCUGUGGUGCUUCUCUGCUCUUCUGCCCACCAUUGUAUACUACUCUGCCUUUUUUGAAGCACACUGGACCAGGUCUGGAGAGAAUAGGACAACCAUGCACAAGUGUUACACCUUCCUAAUCUUCAUGGUCUUGCUGCUGCCAUCACUGGGCCUGAGCAGCUUGGAUGUAUUUUUCCGCUGGUUGUUUGACAAAAAGUUCCUUGCUGAAGCUGCUGUGCGAUUUGAGUGUGUGUUCCUGCCAGACAAUGGGGCUUUCUUUGUCAACUAUGUUAUCGCCUCUGCCUUCAUCGGGAAUGCCAUGGACCUGCUGCGCAUCCCUGGUUUGCUCAUGUACAUGAUACGCCUCUGCCUGGCCCGCUCAGCGGCCGAGCGGAGGAACGUCAAACGACACCAGGCCUAUGAGUUCCAGUUUGGGGCUGCUUACGCUUGGAUGAUGUGUGUCUUCACUGUAGUCAUGACAUACAGCAUCACCUGCCCCAUCAUUGUCCCUUUUGGGCUCAUGUACAUGCUGCUUAAGCACCUGGUGGACCGAUACAACCUGUAUUAUGCUUAUUUGCCUGCCAAGCUGGACAAGAAGAUCCAUUCAGGGGCUGUGAAUCAGGUAGUGGCAGCCCCCAUCCUCUGCCUCUUCUGGCUUCUCUUCUUCUCCACAGUGCGCACAGGGUUCCUGGCACCCACUUCCAUGUUCACCUUUGUGGUCCUUGUGAUCACCAUUGUGAUCUGCCUGUGUCACGUCUGCUUUGGGCAUUUCAAAUACCUCAGUGCUCACAACUACAAGAUUGACCACACAGAAGUGGAUGCCAUGGACAACAGGCAGAACGGGAGACCUGCUACCAAUCUGCCUGCUCCCAAAUCAGCUAAGUACAUCGCCCAAGUGCUGCAGGACUCCUCACCAGAGGGCGAAGCAACAGAGUCAGAGGAGCAGGGAUCACAGGAUGAGGAGCUCAUCAAUGCAGAUGGCAUGAAUGACACAGAUUUCCAGUCGUGUGAGGACAGCCUGAUAGAGAAUGAGAUCCACCAGUAGGGACCUCAAAGGGUGGGAGGGGAAGGAGGCCCAGGAGCAGGGCAGGCUGUGUGCACAGAGACCUGGGAAGAGGUACCUGAGGGUGCUGGCUACUGCCCUCACCCUCCCGCCCCCAGGGCCGCUGCCUUCAGUGAGGGCAGGGGCCCUGCUGCAAGCUCUCCAUCUCCCUGCCCCUCCAUUCCUGCGCCAGCCUGGCUGCUCGUCAGGCAUGCUCUUUACUAGCUACCUUCUUCAACACAUCCCUGGACCCCAGACUCCCAGAGGCUGGGGAGGAGGGGGACCAUAAGCCCCUGCGGUGCUUCCCUGGACCUGCAGGGAGGAGGAAAGCUGAGUGCUUUUUGGGAAGGGGCAGAAGGGGAACAUUUGGGGUCUUCUGAGCAGGCAACUGUAUCCCCUGUCUUGCUGGUGGGAAACACUAAUAAUUUAUUAGAUUUACAAGAAGGUGAUAAAUUAAAAACUUCAGUCAGUCCAUUGGAAACCCCACCCAGGGAGGGGUUGGCUUUUGUUGCACCUUCUGUUCCUGUGUGUGCCCUUUCUCAACUGCUUCCAGCAUCCAGUUGGUGUGGCAUCCCAGGAGCCAGUCCAGGCGCAGGGGUGGUGAUAGGCUUCCCCCUCACCACAGGGAUAGUGACAGUGACAGCCUGGCUUCGCGAUCAAGGGUGGCAUCAUGCUGGGGAAGGGGCACUGGGUUGGCAUGAGCUAGACAGGCCCUCGCAGGGUGAGGGGUGCUGAGGGCAUUUCUCAUGAGCAGGAGGAGGUGCAGGCAGCCUCUCCGCCAGGGGCACAGGCAGGGGUCAUUUAAAGUGGCAUUUUACUUUGCACAUUUUACUCCACUUUCAAACAAAUCAACCUGACCCUCAUGUGGUACUGCAGGCCCCCUUCUGCUGCCCUGUGUCUUCACAGCAGG